UUGUUUCUGUACUCUAGGAGAAUGUGCAAUUUAAGAUAUAUGUUACUUUUUAUUUCAGUGUCGGGUAAAAAUAUCAAAGCUAAUAUCGAGUUGGGGCACAUUGUGUAUCCGCCAAACAAAGAGCCACUACUGCAGUUUCAGCCGUGGCAUCGAAAUUCAAGUAACUAUCGCAUAAAUAAUCCGAAUUACAAUAGUAACGACGAAUGCGGUGUUACCGACUACUACACCGAUAGCAUAAAUAGACAGAUUCCCAAUGGGGCGAACACAUUACCAGGCCAGUGGCCGUGGGUGGUUCCAGUCUACUAUAUUCGUAAAAAAGAGAAGGAUUUUAUAACAACAUACGAAUUUCAAUGUGGUGGUUCUAUUUUGACAAACAAACAUAUAAUAACAGUGGCGUACUGUGUGUUUUCGGAGAUCGAUAUACAAAAUCCCAAAUAUAUACAACCCAACAAUUUGGAGGUGGUCUUUGGGCAAUAUAACUUGUUCAAAUUGCACGGAGAUGGAAUUGUCAAUAUAAAAGUUGCGUUCUACAUCCUUCAUCCCGAUUUUGACUAUUAUCUUACCUCCAAUCUGGCGAUUUUGACCCUGAAGAAGCCUGUAGAGUACACACCUUUAACUAAACCUAUUUGCCUAUGGUCCGACUAUAGUUCGACCACUCUUGAAGAUGUCGUCGGUAAGACGGGGUAUGUUGUAGGAUGGGGCCAAGACCCGUUGGGUCAUCGUGAUUUCCAAGAACAGCGGAUGAUAAAGGUGACGAUAGCGGGUCAAGAAAAUUGCCUCCGGAGUGAUAAUAGAUAUAUUUCUUACACCUCGAAUCGUACCUUUUGCGCCAAUUCGUUAGACGAAAAAAACGGUCUUUGUGACGGUGACUCGGGGAACGCACUGGUGCUGCUGAACAACCACACAGGCCGUUAUGAGUUACGUGGUCUUUAUUCGGGAGGUUUAGCUAGUGGAAAUACCACUUUGCUCUGCGAUCCACGGUUAUACGAUAUCUACGUUGAUGUAGUCCAUUUCAAAUCUUGGAUUCAACGACAGAUUUUGACGUAACGCUGGUCUUUCGCCACAAAAUUCAAUAGCGACAAGUUUCAUUUAUGCAAAGUUUAUCCGAAGUUUAGCCAGGGCACUUAAGUAGAGUAACACGUGAGAAUUAAACAGUUACGAAUUUUACUUUCGAUUGUUUAGAGUAAACUAGGGUAUUAUGGCCUAUACGGAAAAGUUAAUAGCUUGUUAUUUCUUUAAUAAUCACUAAACAGUACGUUUCUCUAAUCAUUCUUGAUAAUAAUCGAUAUUUAACGUGGUUUAUGUGUGUAGUAUGAAAGUGUUAAUAUCGUACCAUGUUUUCACUUUUGACUGUCUGCACAAUUUUUACGAAACAUGGAUUUACUACAAACUAUUAAAACAUAGAAAAAUGUACAGUUAUUUUAACCAACGUUAGACACAUAACAAAGAUAUGUCAAUUUUUGUGUUUGUUUUCACUAUUUUUCCGUUUUUCUAUCCCGUAAUACUGUAGCUAUCUUUCCUUUAUAAGUUUGGAAAAAUGAUGAACGCUCAUGUUGUAAUAUUUUAAUAAUAUACAAAUGUUUUACAAAGUUUUUUUCAAUGCCGAUAGCAUUACGGGUAAAUAUGCCGAAUAGGUCACACCUCACCGAUUUCCUCGCCACUUAUGUUGGUAUG